UAUCUUUUUUACUUCAGUCAGUUAUGAGAGCUGUGCGUAACAGUUGAAUGUACAUUGUUGAGCUUGUGUUAGGUGUAUUGUAGGUGAUCAAUGUAAUAUUAUUGUACCGAUUCUGUAUUGUGAACUAUACAAUUGGUUGCUUGAUGAUAUUUCAUCGACUUCAACUACCAAGUGGUUAUGAUUAUAUGGAUAAGUGAUAGUUUCAAAAGUGUCUGUUUUAUGAUAUUGGGCUAGAGUUUAUUUCACUGUUAAAAAGCCAUGUGUUUCAGCUUCGCGUUGCAAAAAUGGACGAAUGUCGAGCUAAUAUUGUUCAUCGUCAUUAUCACUUCCAUUACAACUGAUGGGCGAACUUCAGAUAAAUUAAAAAUCACUUUACCUCAUGGUGGUAGACUCAUUGGAAGAUAUUUGAACACAUUUAGUGGUCAAGGCAUUCUCGCCUUUUUAGGCAUACCGUAUGCAAAACCACCAAUUGAAGAUUUACGUUUUAGAGCCCCUGUACCUUACGGACCUUGGUCAGGUGAUCUAAUGGCAACUACUGAUUCACCAUUAUGUACACAACGAGAUCCCUAUCGCAGAGACGAAUCCAUUUCCGGUGUUGAGGAUUGCUUACAUCUAAACGUAUAUGUGCCUGAGCGGCCAAGAUCGCUGUCGGUGGAUGCAAAUAUGACACAUCCAGUUUUAUUUCCUGUGAUGGUUUUCUUUCAUGGUGGUGGUUGGCAAUGUGGCUCUGGAACUCGUUCUUUCUAUGGUCCCGAUUUCUUGCUCGAACAUGAUGUUAUCUACAUUGGAGCAAACUUUCGUCUCGGGCCACUCGGAUUUCUAAGCACUGAACAAGUGGAUUGUCCAGGAAAUAAUGGUUUAAAGGAUCAAAGUUUAGUCCUACGAUGGAUUAAUGAGAACAUAGCCUCUUUUGGAGGGGAUCCGAAAUCGGUUACUAUAUUUGGAGAAAGUGCGGGAGGAGCAAGUGGAACAUAUCACAUGAUGUCACCUUUAUCGAAAGGUUUAUUUCAUCGAGUUAUUUCUCAGUCAGGAGUGAAUUUGGAUGCCUGGGCUCAGCCAGCACAUCCAGGAGUAGCAAGAUCCCGAUCUAUUCAGCUUGGUAAAAUGUUGAAAUGUACAAAAACCAAUGAUGGAAGUUAUAUUGAGAUGCUGGAUUGUCUCCGAAGAGUCCCUGCGGAAGAAAUCACAAGAAAAUUCUAUGAUUUUUAUCUUUGGGACACGGAUCCAAUGAUCCCAUUUCCGCCUGUUAUAGAACCUGACAUUCCGGGAGCUUUUAUAACAAAACAUCCUAGAGAUGAAUAUGAGCCACAUGCUAUUGAACUUCCAUGGAUGACUGGAUUAACGUUUGAUGAGGGAGCUCUAAAAAGUGCAUCGCUGAUAAAUAUCCCCGAGCUUCGUAAGAGUUUGAAUGAUCACUGGGAUCGUGCGUUACCUAUUUCAUUAUAUUACGAUCAUCAUGAACCUGAGAUGCAGCGACAAAUUACACAGAAAAUAAAUAGUUUCUACUUUAAAAACCAGAAACUCGUAACUGCAACCGAGAGAAAUUUAACAAAUUUGUAUUCGGAUGCAUGGUUUUUAGCAGGCAUGGAUGAGUACUUGCGGAUUCGUUUGUUAGGACAUAAUAAGCGAAACUCGACAUUAAAAGUAGGAGAAACAUAUGUUUAUCUCUUCGCUCAGAAAGCUUCUGCUAGUUUCACGGAAAUAUUUAAAGGAGGAGCAGAAAAUUACUAUGGUGUUUGUCAUGCGGAGGAACUUCAAUAUAUUUUCCCGAUUGCAAAGGAAAUUCCAAACUUUCAGACAGCUAUUCCUACGGAAGAUGAGCUAGAGAUACGGCGCGUUAUUUUAAAGCUUUGGAUUAAUUUUGCUCGCACCGGCAAUCCAACUCCAGGGGAUGAAAAGGACAAUACUUCCGCUCAAAAUCAGUUGCUGCCUCAGUGGCGUCCAGCUGACAGUUUUCCUCUAAGGUAUCUUCGAAUAGGAAGAUUAGAUUCUUCUAAGGAACCGAUUGUAGCUUUAGAAACAGGGCUUUUUGAAGAACGUGCAGCUUUCUGGCGAAAACUUAGAGCACAUCAUUAUACAAAUUCUUUCGCUAUUGGUAGCAAUUCUAAGUUGCGAGAUGAGCUUUAAAAGCAUGAUUAACUGAAAAAUAUUAAAAACAAAGUAAAAAAUUUCAAUCGUUCUCUUGUUACUUCAUGUAAGAAUGUCAGUAUUACAUUCGUGAUAUUGAGCAUUAAAAAGGGAAUAGAAUGAUAUUACAAAGGGAUUUUUCUUUAGACUAACCCUGCAACCAUUACACCUAGUAAUAGAGUAAAAAACAUUCAGCUGUAAAUAAAUUUUUAGCACAUCUCAAACAUCAGUACGAAUAUAGGGUAAAUGUACCAGUAUCGGGCAGGUUAAUGCAGCAGUUUCACAAAAACUGCACGUACACUUACAAUUUUUAUUUUAUCUCAUGAAAGUGACGAUAUUUUGAAUGAUUAACUAUUGUUUUCUGUUGUGAUAUUUUUUAUUUGCCGAAAUGAAUUUUUUAGAAAUAUUCGUGAAAAUGGAAACACUGUUUUUGUUCCUAUUUUCGGCAGUUUGCUCCUAUUUUCGGCAGGCUGUGCUUCUAUUUUCGGCAACGCGAAUACGGGUCGGAAAAUAUUAUUAUUAAUGCAAAUAGGUUGACAACAAUAUUUAAAACUGAUUUACACUCUCAUUUUCCUAAGAUGUAUAGAAAAGUAUUUAAAUUAUUAAUUUUAUGUUGCCCAUUUUGGUCAUUUAGCUGGCAGUUUUUACAGUCUCUUUGAUGUGAGUUACAAAUAAAGGAGGCAUUGCAGAAAAGAGACAUAUGUCUAGUAUAGACAACGACUCUGACUGACUCAUAAAUUAUUAUUUUUCUCUGAAAUCAUUGAAUUUUUUAUAAUAAAUUCUGCAUACUUUCAUUGGUUUAUUGCUUCGGUUCUCUUAAUAACGAAAGCUGCCGAACUAUUGGCUGACAGCAAAUCUGACGAAAAAUGCUGAGCUCUGCACAUUUUGUUUGAUAUUUUGAAAAGUAUACUAAGAAAUGUUGUGAAACUUCGUAAAUGAAUAACAAAUGAGCAUAUCUUUAUGUUCAGACAAUUUUCAACGCGUUUUUUGCAUGAUUUCACGUUUUUAGUUACCCUUCCGAAAACUGGUACAAUUACCCUAGUAUUUUUUCAAAAAUGUAUAAAUUGAUAUUGUAAAAGUAUACACAAAAUGUUGUUAUGUUAAACCUACCUGUGGAUUUGCUUAGCAUAAACAUUAACUCUAAUAUGACAUUUAUCGAUUUCGGAAAAUCCUAUAUUUUUUUUAUGCCGGUCAUUGUUUUACAUCAAACAUUACAAAAUAUAUCACAUGAACAGACAAAGUCAUGUUCAUCGAGCGACUAUAGUUUUUAGGCACAUGCGCAGUGUACUGGUGAAUAUUCACCUCAUAUCUUUUAUUCUUCCAUCUGACAGUGAAAAUAUAUAGUCAGAACGUUUAAUAACUUGCUGCUAUUACGACUAUCAACCACAUACAAAGUAACCCAUAUCCAUCCAAGCAUUUUGAAUAAAUUAUGUUUUGUUACUAA